UCCAGACAGCAGCAGCGACCGUCAGAAUGGAGGGAAAAGGUACACGACACAGAUUUACAAUCAACAAGGCAGAAUCAAUGGUGUCACUUGUGAUCGAGCUGUGUUUGACUGCUUAUUGAAGACUGGGAAAGUAAGCCGCGCGAUAUUGAGAUGGGAAGGGACAAGGAGACCAAACAGUCACGGAGUUCUGAAUGGGUGGGAAAAGACGGCGGGCGAAGAGUACAGAUGAUGGGUGGGGGUAAGCAGAGCCAUGAAUGAUCCUCCAGGACUGGGUGUUGACAGCGUACCAGGCAUCAGCCAAUUGCAGGCAGGCACACAGCCUGCAGCUACAAGUUCUCAGCGUCAGACGAAAGGGCCAGAGCCACUGAGGCGUGCGAUUUUGGAGUGCACUCAACAACACCCUGCAGGGGGAGGCACAAGUGCAGAAGCUGUUAGGACUCUUCAGCAUUACUUUGCACAACCAGCCACCACUGAUCUAGCUUAUGGUGUUUUGCUAGAUCAUGCUCUUGUUGAGAAGGAUCGCAGUCUUCAGGUGACGUUCAGAUGUGUCGGGCUGCUUAAGAAAUACCUCUUCAGGUACCUGCCUGGCCCUUCGACACUUCAACGGAUUGACUCCAUAUGCUCUAAUCUCCUUGGUGAGAUACAACUUUCUGCUGAGGCUGCAGUCAGUGCCAAUAAUUAUGGCAUCAGUCCCUCCACUCCUCCGCACUAUGCAUCGCUGGUCUCAGGUGAGUUGUCCUCAUGGGCAUACCCUGGGGAUACGAGAGCUCUGUCCCCAGCCGCCUUGGGAAAAUCACUCAUGUAUGUGAAGGCAAUAGUUGCACGGCAUCUGCCGAGCAAUGGCAUCAUCCGCUCUUCAGGCGUCAUUGCUCCUUCUGGGACGAUUCCUGCCUCAGGGCUCAUUCCCCAGUCCGGAAUCGUUGCUCCGUCUGGCAUCAUAGGGCCGUCUGGGCUCAUUGGACCUUCCGGUCCUCUAGGAGCUUCCUCAGGGACUGGUUCCAACAAGGUGGGUGGAGGGAAGACGUCUUCUGCUGCCUCAGCAGGUGGCAUAGGUGGUGUUGAAUGGAUGCGGCGGCUGGCAGCCAGUGAUAAGGAAUCCGCUAGGGCGAUGGUUAUGAGUUUGCCAGGGAUGAAGAAGAUCCGCAGCGAGGAUGAUGCUUAUGUGUGUGCAGACAUUCUGCGAUGGAGGUGGACGGGAACUAGCAAUAGCAAGACUCUUCCCUGGGCUCCUGCUCCUGUGAUGCUUGGUAGCGGGGGCAUGGCUAGGCCUUGUCCUGAACCAAUGAGGACAUUAGUGGAUACAGGCGCAGCCGCCAUGCUGUUUGCAUCAUCGGCAGGGCCAGGAAUUGGGGCAGUUGGUGAGAAUGAAAGAGACCUCCUGAGGGGCUGGGACCUGACAACAUUGAGCGAUCCACCGCUUGUGUGUUUACACAUCCGUACAGUGGCAGCAGCAAAGAGGGUAAAAGGUGGUGACCCUUCUUUACCCUGGGAUAGUGAAGCCCCAGGUGCCACACUUCGAAGGCGAUCAAGGCCACUCUUUCACUACCGGUGCUAUAGUGAGCAGCAACCUCUCAAGCUCAGCGAUGCAGAGAUGGAGGAGGUGUUGGGUGCAGUUUGCAUGGAAGCGACAGCUAUGGCAGCAACUAUGUCAGGGUUAUCAUCCUCAUCGGGCAGUGGCACAAAGCCAUUGCAUGGUGAGUCUGCUGAUAUUGCUGCCAGUGUGCUCAUCAAGCUGCUGAUCGACAUGUAUAUGGCAGACAAGAGGGCAGCAUCUCCCUUAACUCUAUCAUUACUACAAGGUAUGCUUGCUUCACCUUCUCCAGCCAUCAGAACUCGUGCCUUUGAUUUGCUGCUGAACCUUGCUGUCCAUGCCCACCUCUUGGAGCCUCUCCAGGUUGAAGAACAUACAGGUGCUCUAGCCGGUCCAGGGGCCCCUGGGCUGGGUCGAGGUGUGGGUCCAUCGCCAUUGGGCCUGCCACCCCGGAAGCGCCUCCUGUCAGCUGUGGCCUCACCACCUCUGCCCCCAUCAGGCAUGCCACGGGAACUUCCGAUGUCUGGUUUACUGCGGGAUCACACCAGUGGGAACUUGAUGGGGCCUGGAGCAGUUUAUCCUGUCCAACAAUUAGCAGGAGGAACAGGGAAGGGCAGUGAUGCGAGUGAGUGGAGCAGUGGAUCACUGGCAGCUGGAGAUGUUGAUGCUGCAGCUAAGACCAGUGCAGUCUUCUCCAGGGAGGGCAUCAUCAGAGCUAGUGAUCCUUCGGGCCGGGCUGGUGGGGUGUUGGAUCCAUACAGGGUUGGUCCAGGGAAGGAAAACCACCCAGGGUCGACCUCCAGGGGUUAUCAACCAGAGCAUGUCUCGAGGAAAGAUACUGAGACCGAUGGAGUGCUGGCAGUUUCACCCAGGGCUGACGGAACUGCCGGUGAAGGAGGGGGAGUGAAUGGACAGGGGAAUCAGAGGGACCCAGGUGUUCCAGAGGGGGGUGGUGCUGAAGCUGUUCCAGAUGGUCGUGGGGGAAAGGGUGGUGGUGGGAGUGUGGACCCACUUGCAGGCACAGCGGCGUUUGAGGCGUUGCUUCUUGCAAUCUUGAAGGAAAUGCUCCUUUUUUUGGUGCAGAUGGAGGAGAAAGAUGAAGUUGUAUGGGCAUCAGCUCUUAGCUGCCUUCUCUUCUUGACGUGUGACAGAGGCCUUGUUCUCCGGGAGCGGCUGAGCGGGGUUGAUGUCAGGGUGUUCAAGGAACUCCUGGAGUUGAGCUCACAGUGCCGCUGGUCAGAAGAUCUCCGUGCUCAAUUGGUACACAUGGCAACAAAUUUGCUGUACACAGAAGAUCCGACCUCAUCUACUUCAUGGGGGGGUGUCAAGAGCGACCUGGACCUAGCCAAGCUGCAAAAGCUGGGUGGCAUUGGAUUUAUCUGCGCUGAAUAUGAGUCAGCAAAGUCAGCGGAGAGCAGGAAGAACUUGUUCGGUGUGAUAUUUGACUACGCUCUGGAAAGUCAUAAACAGGACUUGGAAACUGCAGAAAAGCCAGUGCCAAAAGAGGAGGAUGUGAGGGGUGUGGCAACAGCACUCAUGCUUGCUGAUGCAUCAGAGUCAUUUGUGCUUGCCUUCCGUCAGGGAUGCCCUCGAGUUGCUGAUGGGCUUGCCCAGAAUAUCGUGGCAGCCAUGGGUCGGGAUAUCACAAGCGGUUGGCUGAAUGGAGAGUUGCUUUUGGAAGUGACAAAACGGCUUGAUGUGUUAGCAGACUCCCACUCACAUGUCUCAUCCGACUUCUCUGCGCUUGUCUAUGUGACACUUGCAAGCGAGGGGCUUGCACCAUACCCGCCAGCCCAAGGAUCAAAGGAAGCAGCGAUGCUAGCUAGGGCAUCCGCCCACUUUGAGGGAGGGCGCAUUGAUGCAUCCAUGGGAUGGGCAACGCUCCGUGCCCUUCUGCACUCGUCUCGGGCCAGCGACCGUGAAAAUGGCCGAGCAUGGCUGGUGGAACUCUUGCUAGCGCAGGCUGUACACUCGUCAAUGGUAGGAGGAACAAGUAAGCAGAAAAAGACCCCUCUCCGGAAGCAGUUAGCCAUGCUGGAAACACUUGCUCGGGGAAAAUGGGGGGGGGCAAAUGCUGGGCUUGGGGGAGUGAAUUCUGGGGAACCAGCAGCACCAGAGGUGUCUUCAGCUGUCAGGCUGUUGUGUGGGCUCCUCCGAACUGAGAACCCCAUUGUUCGGCAAAAUUUCCUCAUGGUUCUUGAACGACUCUUGAUGCGGUCUGAGUGGGCAGGAGCAGGAGAAGGCAGUGAGUUUGCAAUGGGGCCAAGUAGUGGAGGGAGCACCACUGGUGUGGAUGGAGGCGAGGGUCAGAACAAGGAGGCAAGUGCCAGCACUGCGUGUGGGCCAAUGGAGAAACCAAGUGCGAUCUUGGGACUGAUGAAUGCAGCACUCUGGCAACUGGUAGCAUCAGGUAACAAAGAUAUAGUCAAUACCCUGCAAAUGUGUGAGAUAAUUCUGUCACAGCUGUGUGUGAAGCAGGAGAUGGAUACGAGUGCACAGAGCAGUCGAACGUCAUGGCAAGGUAACAAGUGGAAACAGUCAAACGAUGGGAAUGUAAGCAGCCUGCGCACUGCCAGCAUGGUGUGGAGGACAGGCCCGAAUACACCUACGUCUGCAGGAGGGCCAAAUGUGAAGAGAGGAGGGGGAGGAGUAGGCAGUGGUAGAGGGCAAUGGCAUACACGUACAGCCGGGCACGCGGACUCAGCAGGCAAAGAAAAGCAGAGAGGGUCAAGAGAAAGCAUGCCAGGAUCAGUUGUGACUGCAUUUCUCAAUGGAAAGGCAAUUGUUCCGACAAAGCUGUUGAUGACCAUGCCGACAGCACUUCUGUGCUGGCCAUUGAUGCAGUUAGCACCAUCACCAUCACCAGUAUCCGUGGAAGACGGGCUUCUAGCAACUGUUGUUGGAAGCCAAGGUGGUGGUGGAUCCGAGGGGGGUGCGGGUGAUAUGAGGGCUGCAAUGCUCUUGCUAUUGAUUGGUAAGUGCCGAGAGAGCCGAGCCGCUCUUGAAGAAGUGGGCGGUGAAAGGUUCUUCCGGAGUCUUCUGGAGGAUCCAGAUGCACGCAUUGCGUAUUUUGCAAGCACCUACUUGCUGAAAAGGAUGAUGACAGAGCAGGCCGAACAAUAUCGUAAUGUCCUGCAUCGGCUCGUGUUCAAGGCCCAACAGAGCAAUAAUGAGAAGAUUCUGGAAAAUCCCUAUCUGCAGCUACGGGGACUCCUUCAAGCCUGGAAUGAACCACAACCGCAAAUGUUUUCAUCCUCACAGCAAGUAGGCACAUGAGAACUCUGCAUAACUCUGUUUUGCUCCGGAAGUGUACAUAAAGGGAGAGAGAGAGAGAGAGAGAGAGAGAGAGAGAGAGAGAGAGAGAGAGAGAGAGAGAGAGGGUUGGAGAAGAAGGGGUGGUGGUGGUUCAUUGAGUGAGUGUGGUGGUGGGAGAGUGGGUGCUAAUGCUGAAUUUUGAACGAGAGGCCAUGGACAAGAAAAGAGAGGAGAGAAGCACCAUGUGACCUCAGUCAUGGGAGUCGGAUAGCAUCUGUUUGAAAUUUUAUCAUUAAGAGUUGGUAAGCGCGUUGAGACAUUAUUAGGAGAUUUUCAAUCAUUCUUUUUGGGCGCAUGGUUCAGGGGAGUUAUUCUUCAGUAUGCCGGUCUGCCUGUCCUGUCUGGAUCGAUCACUAGGUCUCUAGUAGAAGAGGGCAUGGAUAAUAUUUUUUCCCAACGAAUGCAAAAGGCAGGGAAAGCCUUUUUAUCUUUUGUGGACUUAACACGUCCACAGUAUUGAGCUAGUGUUGGUGUACCAUUUCAAAUAAGGUAUUUGGCAUUAUAUCAAUAAAUGAUCAGUUUUGUGCCAUGACAACUUAUGGUGAAGACCAUCGCAGCUGACGUAUGAACAACAAUGAAAGAAGGAAAACGUCAUGAAGGUUUUUACCUGUGCAGCAUGGAGCGUGCUGCGGGCUUUGCUUUUCUGCCCUGGCGGAGGCUGUCCUUGGCUUGGGAUUUACCCCUGUUCAGCAGAUUAUGGCGCAGAACUAGAGCGAAGCCCAUGGUCAUUAAUUGCCCUGAGGUGCCUUUGGCUUUGCCCUUGUGCAGGUUGUGCAAGGCAUUUGGAUGUAGAUGUAUGGCAUGCACACGAUCUGAUGGGCUUUGCUUGUUCUGGGAUCAUGAAGUGGGUAGCACGGUCUGUAACCCCCGGCUUUCUCGUGGCGAAGGUUGCAGCUUGCACUUGACCAGGGUUAAGGUGGUCUGGAGGGCUUCACCCGGAUAUGGCAGUCUGAUCAUACAUAGCACAGGCUUCGUUGCCUCGGCGCAGAUUGUGCUUGUGUGCCUGCUUGUGUGGAUUUACACGGGUGCAGAUUUUAUGCAGAUGAACAUUGAACCACAGGGUUUACACUGGCACAGAUUGUGCUGUGGGCUUCAAUCCGAUGCACAUUGUGCAGUGGUUGCAAUUUGCAUUUUACGUCCUUGUCGUUGAGUCUAAGAAGAGCACAUUUCUGGAUGUAGGGGUGUGUGUGUGUGCGCUUGCGGGGAUGUGUUGGGGGGGUGGAAGGGGGUGGUGGGUGGGUGUACACAGUUUUUUUCUGUGUGCAUGAUUAUGUUACACUUGCAAGAAUGUGGGGAGUCGAGUUGAGAGUGGGGGAAAAGGAAGGAGCUGUUAAGUGAAGGGUGUGUAGUGGAAUCCCAUAUUGCAAAUCUCUGGAGAGGAAGCAGCCUGUACGGCACACAGGCUUGAUUGCAGUUUGUUGUGUAGUAUGGCAAUAGGUCAAAAUUUGGUUGUAGGUUGUGCAUGGCAGCUAUGCAGGAGGAGCAUGAUGAAAGGCAGGGCAGCGGCCCGGGGGUGCUUUUUUUUGGGGUGUGCAGUGGUUCUUCCACGUGGCAUUGAUUGGUUCCAUAAUUCCAGUCACUGAAGAGCCAACAGCUUGAAAUGCAAAGCAGUGUUGGCCAUUUGUCAAGAGAGGGAGGGUUGACCGCAUGGGCAUGGUAAAUG